CCUGUCUCACCCCACCCCCCCGUCUGUCUCUCACACACUCACCUCUCCCUGUCUCACACACACUACACCUCCGUGUCUCACCCAUGCACACCAUCCAUUGUCUCUGGCUCACGCCCUCCCUGUCUCACACUCAUAGCCCCUCACACUCACCCCACCCACUCCCACUCCCCCUCCCCCCUCCCUGUCUCACACUCACACCCCUCUCUCUGCCACACUCACACGCGGUUGCGCUUGCGCCCCGGCUCCUCCUCCCGGCUGGUUGCGAGCGGGGCCGGGGCUGGCAGUCGCGGCGGAGCCGGUCGAGAACCGGAGCCGGGAGCUGAGCGGAACUGAGGCGGGUCCCCGAGCCAUGGGGCCCCGGGCUCCGCAGCGCUCCUAGGCGGGCGGGUCCGCCCGAUUCCCCACGGCGGCGCCCAGAGCUCAUGGGCGGCCGCACGGGCUGAGACCCCACGCCGGACGGGCUCGGAGGGACCCAGGCGUCCUGGCACCAUGGCGUUCACCUUCGCCGCCUUCUGCUACAUGCUCACCCUGGUGCUGUGCGCCUCGCUCAUCUUCUUCGUCAUCUGGCAUAUCAUCGCCUUUGACGAGCUGCACACAGACUUCAAGAGUCCCAUUGACCAGGGGAACCCGGCGAGGGCACGAGAGCGAUUGAAAAACAUUGAGCGGAUUUGCUGCCUCCUGAGAAAGCUCGUGGUCCCUGAAUACUCCAUCCAUGGGCUCUUCUGCCUCAUGUUCCUGUGUGCAGCCGAGUGGGUCACCCUGGGCCUCAACAUCCCUCUGCUCUUUUACCACCUCUGGAGGUACUUCCACCGCCCGGCAGAUGGGUCCGAGGUGAUGUACGAUGCUGUCUCCAUCAUGAACGCCGACAUCCUCAACUACUGCCAGAAGGAGUCGUGGUGCAAACUAGCCUUCUAUCUGCUGUCCUUCUUCUACUACUUGUACAGUAUGGUUUAUACUUUGGUGAGUUUCUAAGAGGACUGAGUGGGGGACCCCACAAUUAUCUCAGUGGCUGCUCCUGGACUCCUGGGCUUACCCCCAACCAGCUGUUUCUAGGAGAGCGUAAGAGAUGCUGGGAACACAGGAGGGCCCUGAAACUCCAACACCCCCAUGGGCCUGAUGCUCCGCCCCCAUGGAUUUGAGGCUCUGCCCCAUCGCUGGACGACUCGCAGGAUCAGAUGUUGGGCCUCCCCAUAUUAGGGCCGCCCCGUGUUUUGAGUGACUCACUAAACCCUGCUGCCCCUCAUUUCUGCAGCGCCCAUGAGGAGGGGAGCGUCUCCUUCCAGAUGUACCCUCCCCACCUCUGAGAUGGGGGCCAGGGCAGGAGCGACCUCCCCCACCCCAGCUGUGACACUCCCCAUUGCCACACCCCAUUGUGAGCCUGUCUGUUGGGGGGCAAGGAGGGGGACGGGGCACCCUGUCCCACUGUUAAACCCAUUUUAGGGUGCAGGGGAGCUGGAUACUGGGCACCUCUCCCCUGCAGUGUCAUUAUAAUGCGGGGGUAGGGGGUCAGGGCUGAUGUCCCUAGGACCAGGGGUGUUAUUCUGUUGGACACAUUUACGUCUAAUCCAGGGGGUGUAACCCACCCAGGAUCUCCCCACAACCUAUGGAGCACAGCCCCUGCCCCCCCCCCCACCCCAGGGCAGGCCCAAACCCCACACAUGCCAGGGCGUGGCAGGGUAUUUCUGUGUGUUUGUAGUGUUGAAUUUGUUACCAGGAGUUAUUGUCUGGAGUGGGGGCUGGGGGCCCAGGGGGUGCCUUAACUAGACCCCAAGGAGAAGGGGCUCAAGGCUGAACAAUGACACCCCCCACCCACUGCAAAUGUCAGGCCCGCUCCAACCCUCAUUACCUCCUCAUUACCAAGUUGGGGGGAAGAUUUUGGGGUGCACUCAAAUUUGGGCCUUGAGUCCGGAAAGUGGGAUGGGGUCCCUGUGUGUGGGGGUGACCUGUUAUCCUGCAUGCGGGGGGGGUCUCUGUGCAGAACACCCCAUUAUCUCACGUCGGGAGCUGUUCUGGGCUCGGUGCUGGGGAGGAAAUCCCUGGUUUUAGAAGGAGGGGAUUCCGCCCCCCUCUCCCCCCCGGCACCUCCACCUGGGGUCAGACCCACACAGAAAGGGACCCUGGUGCCAGAGCUGUCUACAGAUGUUGGGGUGGGUGGGAGAAAUCGCUCCCCCUUGGUCAUUUUCCCCCCUCCCCAUUUCUCCCCCUCCCUGGGGCAUUUGUGUAUGAAAGAAACAUUGGCUAAACAAUCCUCAACUUUGUGGCUAAAUAAAAACUUGCAAAAAAAAAAAAACGGCCCCCCCCCAUUGGCCUCCUGGUGUCUGUAAGUGGGACAAUGAGCCCUCAGGGAGCGCUGGCUCCAAUCCGGCCACAGGGCAGGGCAGCACUUUCCACGCUCGGGGCCACCAGCUCCAAGCCGGUCCCCUGCCACAGCGCUUCAUUGCCCCCCUCCACAGCCAUGGGAGAGGGGCUGAGCAGGCCCCCGACUGGCUGCCUCCCAAGGGUAGGCAGCACAUUGCCGGGGCUUGGGGGGCAGGGGGUGCUCUGGCACUGCUGCUGUGGGGGACUGUGAAGUGCUGGGCAGCCUGUCCCCACCAAUCCUGGCCUCCUGGGGACGUGUCUUUGCUCCUAGCCCCCAGGGCACUGGGGAGCUGGUUUGCACUGCAACAGCGCAAGGGCCUUCAAGGGGUGCCAACAUUGUGUUUAAAAACUAAGGGCCUGUUUUUGUAGCGCCCCCCCCCCCCCGGCCUGCCCGAUAUUGUUGUUAUCAGAGUUUGGAGCAUGUAGCAAUAAGAAGCCGUACUCACCCCCCU